UGCAAGAAUGAGUCUGUCAGAGAAGGAGAAGACCACCGUGAGAGACUUCUUUGGGAAGAUUUCUGCUUUGUCCGACGAGGUUGGAACUGAGUCUCUCACCAGACUACUGGUCGUGUAUCCUCAAACGAAGUCCUACUUCGACCAUUGGAAGGAGACGACUCCUUAUUCCGCUCCGGUAAGGAAGCAUGGCAUCACCGUCAUGGGAGGCAUCUACGAGGCCGUCGGUAAACUGGACGAUCUCACCGGAGGUCUGCUGACCCUGAGUGAACUUCAUGCCUUCAUGCUCAGAGUGGACCCUGUCAACUUCAAGCUCUUCACAAAUUGUAUCCUGGUUGUGCUGAACAUGCUCUUCCCAGAUGACUUCACCCCCCAGGUCCAUUUGGCUGUUGACAAGUUCAUGGCCCUGCUGUCUCUGGCCUUGGCCGAAAAAUACCGUUGAUCAGUGUGCUUGUGUACU